AUGAAUGAGUUGAAGGAUGCGGUCAUCGAUGACUUGAAGGACAAAUUGAAAGGUAUGACUGUCCUUACAUCAGCCAUCAAGAGCGUCGAUGAUCAAUAUAAGGGUGAUCACAAUCCUGUCCAUCCUUGUGAUAUUUCUAUUUCUAGUGGACAGAAAAAUGCACCGAGUACUUCUAAUGGGAGUCUGCGUGAUCGUGUUUCCAUGCAAUCAAUGAUAGAGGUUGUUGCUUUUGUACGAGAUGAGAGGUUACGGAGAAUUGAGAAGAACAAAAAGAAGAAGAAAGAUUCAUCAGUAGACGUUGAUGAAGAAGAUGUAAUGGUCGAUGAAGACCUUGCAGCAAUUGACAAAUACUUUGCAGAAGCAGUUGAUGAAGUGGCAUUGGAGAAGAAACAAAAAAAAGAAGAAAUUGAAGAGGAGAAGCUGAAAGAGAAUGAAGACCAACAGAAAAAUGAAGAGGAGAAGCUGAAAGAUGAAGAUCAGCAGAUAGUUGAUGAAGGAGAGAAGAUAGCAGGUGAAGAAGAAAACAAAGAAAAAAAGGAGAAGCUAGAAAAUAAUGAAGACCAACAAACUUUUGAUGAAGGCUUGGCCACUGAUAUGGCAGAAAAUGAAAAAGAAAAUGCAGGUGUUGCCACUGAUGUGGCAAAAGUUAAAAAAAAUGUUGAAGAAGACAUUGAUGAAAAAUCAGUGGAUGUAAUGUGCAUUGUCGAGCAACUCAAUGGUGAAGUAAAUGGUGAAGGUAAUGGUGAGGAGACAAAUAAUUUAGAUAAAUGA